GCUGGACCGGAUCCACUUUUGAAAAGCACAAAGUCGCGCACGCGCUGGAAGCAACGAGUGGAAAGUUGUGGUCACGACUAACGAGAAGCACACGUGGAUGGGACGGGUGGCCGCGCGUCGGGGUGUCCGUGAACGCAACACCACGUCCGCAAGUCCUCUUCCUCAUCCUCUUCAUCGCCACAAAGUUAGCGUCGUUUAAUUGGUUUUAGGAGGUAACGCCCCCCCACUCCAGGUCGAGGUACCAAAUGCACCAACUCCCCACGAGCGUACGGCAACCAUUUUGAGACACAAAAUGUCCCGAUUUGAGGCGGGCCACGUUCAUUCCGGAGGGAGAGCGACGCUCUUCGCCGAGAACGACGGAGCGUUGAGGAAGGACAAGAAGAACAAAGACAGCACCUAAGCAAGCUCCAUGUGCCGCAUCCCAAAUGUCCCGAGCGCUCGGUCGUGCAGUCACCGUUUGCCCGGCGUCCGUCCUCAGCUAACUGGAUUUUCGAGCCACCUGGACGGAAUCGUCGGGCUCUCGUCCACGGCAAGCCAGGAAAUCAUCGAGGGUGCCGUCAGUCGCCGUCCUGGAACGCAAAAGUCACAUUUUGGACUCCCGACAGCCGACAUCUUUCAUGUCCACUUUUUAAGGACGCCGCAUGCGCCACAUGCACUGAUCCUCACGUCAGCGUCAUUCUUUCAUUUGGUGUGUUGGUGAUGAUUCAGAAUCGGCUCUAUUGGCCCAGCAUGUAAACAAAACAUACGGAAGUUUUCUGCCUUUUUAGUUGGAGGUGCCCGAGUACGGCAUGCACGUUGCGGAGCACAGCAGACAGACAAACUUUGAUUUUUUUUUUUUUUUUGAACUCACAGCUGUGCAAAGGAUGCAACCUUUUAGCGUCUCGAGCAGUUAAAAGGCCUAUCCGAGUGAGAGUCCCGCGCGAUGAACAAUGUGCAAAAAGCGUCCAGACUUCAAGGAGCGGAUGCAGGUUCAAGCGACUCGUCGUGCGAUAGUCUGCGACCGUGUCGAUUGUGCAAAUGUCCCAGAUACUCCUCGGGUACGAGAGGCGAGUAUUGGUCAACGACUCGGGGUAGAGCGUUGGCAGCGUGUUGCAGUUGAAUUGCACGUCAGCUGCUCAAGAAUUUCAGACCCUGGUGUGAUUCCUGCUGAUUUUGGUUUGCAUUCUUCGGAAGAGCUGGUGGCGGGUGGCGUGCAAGUCCUCAAGGGUGGGUCGGGUGGUGCCGACAAUCUGUUCAGCAGUUCUGAUUGAGCGUUGCUGUCAGAGUUUGCUGUCCUUUUUUGUGGCAGCCCAAAACCAGACGGCACUGAUUCGAUGACCGCCAUGUAGGACUGGCUCGGCAACUCUCACCCGAAGCCGCAGGAAGUAAAUCCUUUGCUGGGCUUUUUUGAGGAUGGGCUUGAUGUUGGUCUCCCACUUCAGGUCCUGUGAGACCAAUUCCCAGGAACCUGGAGGUGUAAAAGGCUUUACAAAAAUGUUCUGAUUCGAGCUACAGUCAACCGCCGGUAUUUGUGGGGGCUGGUGACCGGGCCGGACUGCCUAUACUGUGCUGAAAAGCUGCAGAAAAUACAGGACACGAAUUGAUGUUAUGUUUAUAAAUGCCAAUUAUAUGUUUUUAUUUUUGGAAAACCCAAAAUGAAUCGCCAACAAGCGUUUUCGAGACUGAUUACACCGCCCCCCACCCGAAAAAAGGCAAAAACAGCAGGAAAAAAAAGUACUCAAUACUACUUAUCGAUCAAAGUCACCGUAACGUUGUACUUUUGUCCGCCGCUUGAGGGCGCCCUGACGACCACCUGAUGCACUUGGGAACGCUAAAAGUUUGGGCAGCAGAGGAAAACUUCCGCUCACAUUCUGUGAAGAUCAUGAUCAAGAUGAUGACAUUUUGAUGUGGACAUUUACAAGAUACAUUUGGGAACAGAUCCCGCUUGAGGAGGCCAUGCGGGAAGCGGAGCGGCGGCGCCGGGUCCAGCCCUGAGGCGCCGUCCUGCGGCUGGGAGGAGCGCGCCCCUCCUGCGGCCUCGCCCGCGGCGCUCCGGGACGCCCCUACUAAGAUGUCCCUCAGCAGCGGCCCUGCAGGCGGCAAAGGUGUGGACUCCAACGCGGUAGACACGUACGACAGCGGCGAUGAGUGGGACAUCGGUGUGGGCAAUCUGAUCAUUGACCUGGACGCCGACCUAGAGAAGGACAAACUAGAGAUGUCCGGCAGCAAGGAAGGCGGCGGCGCCAUGGCCGCCCCGCCGGGCGCCGUGGCCGCUUUGCCCGACAACAUCAAGUUCGUCAGCCCUGUCGGCGGCGGGCAGGGAAAAGACAGCAAAUCCAAAUCCAAGCGCAGUAAGAACUCAAAAGAAGCACUGAAGGCGGCCACGCCGUCGGACGCCGUCAAGAAGGAGCUUCCGGGUCGGGACCCGGCGGCCCAGAACCUCAACUCGGCCCUGACCAAGGGCGACAAGCCCGGCAAAGCCUCCCGGGUCCCCUCGGCCGUCAAGAAGGACAAGGACGCCUUGUCCUCAAAGACUAAGAAGGACAAAAUGGAGAUUGACAAGGAGCCGGCGCUGCCACCCGGGGUCCCCCUCCUGCCUCCCGGGGCCCCUCGCGCCAGCCCCUUUGAGGGCCAGCAGAACUCUGAGGCCCAGGCCGCCGCCGAGCACUUGGGUCACGUGGCGCUGGAGUCGGCGGGGAUGGGCCAGCCUGUCACCAUGACGGCAGAGGAGGAGGAAGACGACGAAGAGGAGAUGCAGAAUGUGGAAUGUCGAAACCUUAAGAAGAUGCUGUGCGGGGAGAAGAUGGAGUCGCCCAGCCUCACACCGGCGCCGCCCCCCCUGCGCCUGCUGGCCGGGGCGGCCAACAGCGACAUCUCGUCGCCGUGCGAGCAGAUCAUGGUGCGCACGCGCUCUGUGGCGGUCAACACGGCGGACGCGGCGCAGGCCACCGAGCCCGAGUGCCUGGGACCGUGCGAGCCCGGGACCAGCGUCAACCUGGAGGGCAUCGUGUGGCAGGAGACGGAAGAUGGCAUGCUGGUGGUGAACGUCACGUGGAGGAACAAGACCUACGUGGGAACCCUGCUGGACUGUACCAGACACAACUGGGCCCCCCCCAGGUUCUGCGACUCGCCCACCAGCGACGUCGAGAUGCGAGGCGGGCGCGGCCGAGGCAAGCGGAUGCGACCGGGCGGCGGCGUGCCGGCCAACGACAACAGCACGUCGUCGGACAACAAGGGCAGCGGCAAGACCCGCGGGGGGGCCGCCAACGCCAACGGCAAAGGGCGGCGCGGCAGCCAGACCGUCGGCGCCGCCGCCGCCGCCGACGACGCCAAGGCCAGUCCCUCCUCCGCCAAGAGGAAGAGCAAGGCCGCCUCCGACAUGGAGCCCACCUCCAGCUCCGAGGACACCAAAGCGUCCAAGCGCAUACGGAGCAACUCCACCGGCGCCGUCCACCCCCUCGCCGGCGGGAAGCCGGAGCCCCCCGGCCCUCCCCAGGUAGACCGCACGUGCCCCUCGCCCGUGCUCAUCGACUGCCCCCACCCCAACUGCAACAAGAAGUACAAGCACGUCAACGGGCUCAAGUACCACCAGGCGCGCGCCCACCACGAGCACGACGCCGACAAGUACCACCCGGCGCCCGCCCACCUCCACCACGACGCCGACAAGUACCACCCGGCGCGGCCCCACAGCCACGAGCAGGACGCCGACAGCGAGUACGGCGACGAUCCCGGCCUCCACCCCGACGCCUCCUCGUGCAACGGCGCCGCCAUCUCCCCGGCCCGCUCCGCCACACCUAAAGGCCGGGCCUUCGACGCCCCCUCCCCGUCGCCGGGCAAGCAGCCGAGCAAGCACGGCAAGAAGACCGCCGGGGAGGGCGAGCCCGACGGCACCGACGGCGAGUGUCUGACGGACGAGGCGAGUAACGACGGCGUGGACGACAGGAAAGCCAAGAAGAUGGCGGCCGGCGGGAAAAUGGACAAAGUGGCCUCGAAGGCCGCGAAGCCCGGACGCCCCGUUGCCCCCGCCGGCCACCCGGUGCCGCCCGCCUCCUACAACCUGCAGGCCGCCUCUCCCACGCUGGGCUCCGUGACGCAAGCGGCUCCAAAGAGCAACCAAUCGAAGAACCCCGCGCUCGUGGACCCCGCCUCCAGCCCCCUCGCCAAAGACAAGAAGAAGAAAGACAAGAAGAGGAGAGAGGCCGACAGUCCCAAGGGGCCGCGGCCGGAGGAGGGAUUCGCGGAAGCGGGCGACGCCCUGCUCAACGGUUCUUCGGAAACGCAGCAGAGCCGCCUGGCCAGCAUCAAGGCGGCCGCCGACAAAGUGUACAGUUUCUCCGACAACGCGCCCAGCCCCUCCCUGGGAGGGGGCGGCAGGACAGAGGGCGCCGACGGGGGAGUGUCCGUCCAGACCGGCAGCCCCGCCUACUCCGACAUAUCUGAUGCGGGCGAGGACGGGGAAGGCAAGGCGGACGGCGUCAAGGUGAAAACGGAGCCCGACCCCAAGAAGGCGCUGUUCUCUCCUCAAGGGCUGCCCGCCAAGGAAGCCCCCUACUACCCCAACUACGACGCCUACUACCCUGCCGGCUACGUCAACCCCGGUCCCGCGUCGGGCGCCGCCGCGCCGCCGCCGCCGCACGCGGAGGGCCGGCCCAAGAAGGAGGAGGUCCCCGAGGGGGCCAAUGAGGUCAAGGUGAAAGCUGAGCCUCAGGAGGAGAGGAAGGCGGAGCCGGGACCGCCGCAGCCGUCGGUCAUCCAGCAACGUGCCAACGUGUACGCCCCCCCGCCGCUCUACUACAACCAGUACUACGCCCAGCCGUACUCGUACUCCCCCGACCAGGCCUACCACGCCCACCUGCUGGCCUCCAGCCCCGCCUACCGCCAGCAGUGCGAGGAGCGCCAGAGGCUGGCCGACAAGAAAGCGGAGGGGAAAGCUGCGGCGGGGCCCCCCUCCCUGACGCCGGCCCCCGUCCUCGCCAAGCCCAAGGAGGCGGGGCCGGGGCCGGAGCCGGCCAAGUCCGUCAUCAUGGUCAAGAGCGAGGACGCCAAGGCCGCCGCCCCGCCCGAGGGCCUCAAGAUGAAGCUGAGCGAAACGGGCCACCACGGGAAGGACGAGGCCGCCAUGUGGUACAGACAGGAGCCCGACGCCCGCCUUUGGCCGUACGUGUACCCCAACAAGUACUCUGACGCCCCCAAAACGCUGGAGGAGGAGCACGAGAGGAAGUUGAAGGAGGAGCAGCGUCUGCGGCUGAAGGAGGCGGCGUCGCAGAAAGAGGAGGCCAAGGAGGUUCCGGAGGGCCGGGCGCAGGCGCCCCCGGAGGAGCCGCCGCCGCAGCAGCAGCGGGCCGCGGCCAAGGAGGUCCGGGCCGCCCACGUUCAGUUCUCGGCCCCCCUGGCGCAGCACCAGGGCUACGUGCCCUACAUGCACGGACCCUACGCCUACGGGCAGGCCUACGAGCCCGGGCACCCCGGACACCCCGGCUACAGGGGCGUGCCCUCCGUCAUGAUGCAGAAUUACCACGGGUCGUACCUCCCCGCCGGUUACUCCUUCUCGCCGUACGCCGGCAAAGCGGCGGACGAGGGCGCCGGCGAGAAGGCGUCGCGUUCCAGCCCCACGGUGAGGGCGGCGGCGGCGGCUGCGGCUGCGGGAGCCGCCGGCGAGGCCAAAGCGUUGGAGCUCCUGCAGCAGCACGCCAGCCACUACAAGAGCAAGUCGCCCGCCUCGGACAAGGCGGCGCACGAGCGCGACGGCGAGCGGCCCCCCCGCUCGUCGCCCUCCCAGCGCGGGCUGCCCGCCCACCAUCAGCACCACCAACACCACCACCACCUGGCCUACCCGCUGCUCGCCGGCCAGUACGACUUGGCCUACGCCGCAGGCUUGUCGUCGUCAGCGGCGAUGGUCGCCAGCCAGCAGGCGUCGGCGCCGUCCGUGUACCCGCCCCCGCGGAGGUGAGGAAGGGAGCGCGAGGGCUCGGUCGCCACGACGACGGGCGAGUCCCGGCCCCGCGGCGUCUCGUCAAGUACAAAACACUGUGGAGUGACCAAUCAGAGCACAGCUUCGACAGGGCGCGGCUUCCGCUUCACCCCCUGCACUGUGGCGUGUGUGCGCGCGCGCGCGCGCGAAUGUGUAAAUAGUGUACAGAGGAAUAAUUUUAAGAGCUUGGAUGCUGUUUUGUUUCCUUUUUUUUUUUUUUUGUCUUGGUUGUUUUUCUACUCUUGUGAAUCCUAAUUAAAAACAUGUAGCUGGA